AUGGCCGAAAUGAAAAGGUUCAUCGCGAUGGGAUUUGUGGUUCAAUUGGAUAUCUCGGAAUACUGGACAACGUCGGUAGUGAAUUCCACACCGUUUUCCCCAUCAGUGAUGCCCAGGGACAGGUUUUGGCUUCUUAUGUGUUUCUUCCAUUUGGCAAACAACAACGGGCAGUUACGUCGAGGAAAUGCGGGUCAGAAUCCACUUUACAAACUUGGAUCCCUGUACAAGAACAUUGUUUGUUCAUUCGGGACUGUGUUUCGUCCACACCAACAUUUGUCUAUGGAUGAGGAGAUGGUACCGUGGCGAGGAAAUCUUUCUUUUCGUGUGCACAAUCCAGACAAACCCAAGAAGAAUGGGAUCAAGGCCUACAUGCUGUGUGAUGCAGUGACCGGGUAUUGUUUACGUUUCAAACUGUAUACUGGAAAAUCAGGCACACCUGAUUGUGCAAAUGGGUACCAUGACCGUAAAGUUGUUUACCUGUUAUCUACCAUCGAGGAAGCUGCAAAAGCCCCCUGUGGAAGAGUGGCACCACGAACAGGAACAACCAUCGAAAAUCCUGCUAUCGUUAAUGCGUUCAAGUAUAUGGGAGGCGUAGAUCGAUCUGAUCAAAUGGUUUCUGGUGAUGUAUUAUGA